GCCGGCGCCCCGCGCAUCUGCUUGCUGCUGCCCUCAGGCAAUUUACCAGUGCCCGCCUGCGCGGCCGCCAUGUCUCCCGUGCUGAUGCUGCUAGGUGGCUUCCUGCUGGCCAGCCCGGGGCGGGCAAGCGACGGCUCGGCCCCCACUACCAUCACAUGCCUUACAAGGGGAGUUGACCUCAGAAAGGAGAGAGCAGAUGUCCUCUGUCCAGCAGACUGCCCGCUAUGGCAGUUCUAUGUCUUUGGGAAUGUAGUUUAUGCCUCCCUUUCCAGCAUCUGUGGCGCUGCCAUUCACAGAGGGGUGAUCACCAGUGCGGGAGGAACUGUACGGGUACAGACCCUGCCAGGACAAGAGAACUACUCUGCCGUCUAUGCUAAUGGGAUUCAGUCUCAGGUGCUCACUAGAUGGGCUUCAUCUUUCUCAGUGGCUGGGACCAAGAGUGGAGCACUUGAAGCAGCUGGACGACCGCUAUCAACAGCACGCCCCUCCACAGGUAAACGACUUAAAAAACUUCUUGAGAAAAAGGUUGGGAACAAAGACUGUAAAGCGGAUAUUGCUUUUCUGAUUGAUGGAAGCUACAAUAUUGGGCAGCGUAGAUUUAAUUUGCAGAAGAACUUUGUUGGGAAAAUAGCUGUGAUGCUGAGAAUUGGAACUGAAGGACCACAUGUGGGAGUUGUACAAGCCAGUGAGCAUCCAAAAACUGAAUUUUAUCUGAAAAACUUUACUGCAGCAAAAGAUGUUUUGUUUGCCAUAAAGGAAAUUGGCUUCAGAGGCGGCAACUCCAAUACGGGAAAAGCCUUGAAACACACAGCUCAGAGAUUCUUCUCUCUGGAAAAUGGAGUACGCAGAGGGAUUCCUAAGAUCAUCGUAGUUUUCAUAGAUGGCUGGCCCUCAGAUGAUAUAGAAGAAGCUGGAAUAGUAGCCAGAGAAUUUGGCAUUAAUGUAUUCAUUGUGUCUGUAGCAAGACCUACAACUGAGGAACAGGGAAUGGUUCAAGAUGUUGGUUUUGUUGACAAGGCUGUCUGUCAAAACAAUGGCUUCUUCUCUUACCAUAUACCCACCUGGUUUGGUACUACCAAAUAUGUAAAACCUCUUGUCCAAAAACUGUGUUCUCAUGAGCAGAUGCUGUGUAGCAAAACUUGCUACAACUCUGUCAAUAUAGCUUUUCUGAUAGAUGGCUCUAGCAGUGUUGGAGACAGCAACUUCCGCCUCGUGCUUGAAUUCAUCAGUAAUGUUGCCAAAGCCUUUGAGAUCUCCGAUAUUGGUUCCAAAAUUGCAGCUGUGCAGUUCACCUAUGAUCAGCGCAUAGAGUUCAGCUUCACCGACUAUACCACAAAGGAGAAGGUUCUCUCUGCUGUGCGGGGCAUUCGUUACAUGAGUGGUGGUACUGCUACUGGUGAUGCCAUUUCUUUCACAACCAGAAACGUGUUUGGACCUGUGAGAGAUGGACCCAACAAAAGUUUCCUUGUUGUUUUGACUGAUGGUCAGUCUUACGAUGAUGUUAGAGGUCCUGCUGCUGCGGCACACAAAGCAGGUAUUACAGUCUUCUCUAUUGGUGUUGCCUGGGCACCACUGGAUGAUCUGAAAGACAUGGCCUCUGAACCGAGAGAGUCACAUAAUUUCUUCACAAGAGAGUUCACAGGAUUGGAGCAGAUUGUUCCUGAUGUUAUUAGAGGCAUUUGUAGAGAUUUCUUGAACUCUAAACAGUAAAGGAAAGGCUGUGGUCACUUUGUUGAAACUAAAUCAAGAAAGCUGAGAAGGUCUCUCUACAGUGCAAAUAUCCCAGUCUUUUAAUACACAGUCAGUCUUGGGAUAAAAUACAAAGAAUCGCACUCUGCUUUCUAAACUCAAAUAAAAGCUUCCAGUGACAUCAUUGCAAGUUUUGCUUGAUUAGGGACUGCAGGAUUUUGCCAAAAGCUAUUUUAAAUGUGUAUUAACAUCCCUCAAGUUAUAUUUAAAGUUAAGCAUACGUUACACUUAAGGUACCAGAUAUCAGCUGUAUGUAUACAGAGAAACUACAAGGUAACUUAGCUCUGCCAUUUGUGGGAUGUCUUUUGCUGAAUGUCACCUUACAAAUGAAAAUUAAUAGACUUUUAGAUAUCUAAACACCUUGUAUUCAAAAUAUACAGUUUAAGUUCUAAAUCCUCAAAAGGUAUUUAGACUCCUAAUUCCCAUCAGUUUCGGUGGGAGAUAGAUGCCUAAAUAGCUUUGACCAUCUGGGCCUUGGGCUUAACUGUCUUCCUACUCCUAUUAAAGUCAAUGGCAAAAUUCCCAGUAAAUUCAAUGGGUCUGAUUUUCUCCACUGCCUUGCACACUGGGUAGUCAUUUACAUGUGGGAGUAAAAUGCUACCAUACUUAUUCAGUAGUGUUUUACAUUGACUUUUUACAAGUGUAAAUGACUAGACAAAGUUCCAGGCAGGGCCAUAGAGACUAGAUUAGAGCCUUCAGUUGGAAUUGAGAGCAUACAGACUGACAUCCAAAAUGAGCUCAGAUCACCAAUCUGAACUUGUCUAUAGUGAGUUACUCAACCAGGUGGAGGGGAGGUAAAAAGAAAAGAAAAGAAAGAAAGAGAUAGAUGAUACCAUAGCCAGCAGGUGAUUACUUUUGGAACAUUUCUUUAUGAAGCCACUUAAAACAGAUUUAAACCCUCAUAUUGUUUUUAAAAUAUGAAAAAUAGCUUUUGAAAAAUCUCUCUUCCAUUUGAUUUUUGUCCAUAUUUGCACCCAUAUAUGUAUGUGGUUAAAAUUACAUAAUAAUUCAUUGUAAGGCAUUUAUCAGGCAUCUGAAGUGGACAUUUUGACCCAAAUACUUUUUGAUAACCUGUUUUAUAGGUAGUAAGCUUUUGUUACCAAACCACAGCACUUUCCUGUUCAGCUAUCGGUCUGGGGUUUUUCAUUUUUCUCAUUUUGUGCUGUUGGUUGUUUAUCAGGCUUUUUGUAGUGUAUAUUUUUAAUAACUUAUGACUGGCUAUAUAUUACAGUAAACAUGAAUGGCAAGGAUGCCUUGUAUUUUUCUAUUAAUUGUUAUUCUUAAUUUUGUAUAUGUUUAUAGAUAUACAGUAUUCAGGUAUUCCUGUAUGAAUCAUCCAGAUAUUCAAAAUAAAAUAUCAACUCUGUGCAGCCUAUAAACAUUUUAGUUUUCUCUUUUGAUAUGAAAAUACACAUACUGCAAAUAAACUUUUAGACUGAGAUUGCAGCUAGCUAUUUUAAUAUUCAGUAAUGCAAAAACCAUUCUAUGUUG